AUGAAUUUUCUCUGGUAUUUUCUUAACUUUUUUCUCCACCAUUCUGUCGUUCAACUUCAAUAUACCGAAAGUUAUGAGACUUCGUUCAACAAAACUGUCGAUCUUUUCGAAUUCGAGAAUCUCUAUGUAACGAUUUUGGGUGCAUUGACAAACAAUGAACACAUUCAAACUCUCAAUGAGCACACAAAUCGUUUGUAUCGAGCGUCGGUUCAUCAAGAAAUCUACCUUGCAUCUCAAUCAUUCAUCCUCGACUCGAAUCCACUACUAAUCGCGUUGAAAUUAUGUGAAAUUGGAAACACAUCACAUGCGAAAGCUAUCAUUGCCGGCCAUGGUUUUGAUGGAAAUGAUUUAACACUAACAGCAAUUUCCUACGUCUCAGAUUUUUAUCAUGUCCCGGUUUUAACUAUUGCAUCACGUGAAAAUCUCUUUUCUGAUAAAGCAUUGUAUAGUUAUAUCGUUCGGCUGGUUCCACCGUAUAUGUACGAAGCAGAUGCAUGGUUUAGUAUUCUUCGAAGUUUGAAAUAUUCCAAAGUGGUUCUGAUUUACAGCCAAGAUGAAGAAGGUCGAAUGGUGGCAUCGAGAUUUCAAAUGUUGACCGAAGAAUCGGACAUUCAAAUCGAACGAACGGAAGAAUAUGAAUCAACUGCGAAUUUCACUUCAGUUAUAUCAAACUUAACGUCCGAAGAUCGUUUAUUAUCACGUGUAUUUAUCAUUCACGCCAAACCGGAAGAUAUCGAUGAAUGCUUAUCUGCUAUUGUACAUCUACAGCAUUUGAAGGGCUUCGUCUGGAUCGUAAACGAACGUGCAUUAUCAACGAAUAGUUCAUUUAUGUUCGAUGGCCUACUAGCUGUUCGAUUGCACAGUUCAUUCACUGAAGAAAAUCUUCUGAUUGAUGCAACGACAGUUCUGAUUGAAACCUUCUACAAAUUUAUCAGUCACACUUUGUUCUGGAACGAGAAAAAACCGGCGAUUAAUUGUUCAACAAUCGAACCUUGGAAAUACGGCAAAGAAGUGUACAGUAAAAUAUUGGAAACUGAUGUCGUGAAUGGAACUACGGGAAAUAUUCAAUUUAAUGAAGAAGGCGACCGAGUUGAAUCUUUAUAUGAAAUCAUCAAUAUUCAAAAUAAACAGAUGAAAGUCGUUGGAACGUAUCGGACGAAUACGACUACUUGUCAUAAAAGCGUUCUAUGUCGACAAAUCAUUGAUAAAACGGAAUUACAACUUGAUGAGAAUGAUAUCGUUUGGCCAAGCGGAGAGCGACGGAAACCAGAUGGUAUUCGAACUCGACGGAAUGUUUCGGUUGUCACAAUUCAUGAAACACCAUUCAUCAUCGCUCGUGCUGGUAACGAUUGUGAAGUGAACAAAGAAGUACCAUGUCCACGUUUGAGAAAGAAUGGUUCGGUCGUUGUUGGUCAUGAUGAUUUCUGUUGUCGUGGUUAUUGUAUCGAUCUACUGCGAGAAUUAUCAAAGGAAUUAAGUUUUGUUUAUACAUUACAUUUGGUUGCUGACAACAAAUAUGGAUCGUUCGAAAAAGACAAAGACGAUAAACACAAACGAUGGGAUGGAAUGAUCGGAGAGUUAAUAGGUUAUGAAGCAGACAUGAUCAUAGCUCCAUUAACAAUUAGCCCUGAACGUGCAGAAGACAUUGAAUUCACUAAACCAUUUAAAUAUCAAGGCAUCACAAUUCUCGUUAAAAAGAGCACGAAUACAUCGAAUUUAGCAUCAUUUUUGCAGCCAUUUAAGGAAGCAUUAUGGAUGAUGGUGUUAUUGUCUGUACACGUUGUUGCUGUCGUUUUGUAUUUACUCGAUCGAUUUUCACCGUUCGGUCGAUUUCGAUUUUCGCCACGACCAGGAGCAGAACGUGGCGAUGGGCCAGUUAUUGAAGCGAAUGCCGAAGAUGAUGCACUGAAUCUUUCCAGAGCGCUGUGGUUUACUUGGGGUGUUUUACUCAAUUCUGGAAUUGGCGAAGGAACACCCCGAAGCUUUUCUGCUCGUGUUCUCGGAAUGGUCUGGGCGGGUUUUGCAAUGAUUAUGGUCGCGUCUUACACUGCUAAUUUAGCUGCUUUUCUUGUGCUCGAUCGACCAGAAACAACUAUAUCUGGAAUAAAUGAUGCACGACUACGGAAUCCGCAAGAUGGUUUUACUUACGCGACAGUCAAAGGUUCAUCAGUUGACAUGUAUUUCAAACGCCAAGUUGAAUUCUCGACGAUGUAUCGGACGAUGGAAUCAAUUAAUUAUUUAACUGCAGAAGAUGCUAUUGCAGAUUUGAAAGCCGAGAAGCUAAAAGCUUUCAUUUGGGACUCACCGCGUCUUGAAUACGAAGCAGCACAAGACUGUGAUCUUAUAACAGCUGGGGAAUUAUUCGGACGAUCGAGUUACGGUAUCGCGUUGAGGAAACGGGACGCAUGGAUCAAUCCAUUAUCACAUAUGAUCUUAUCAUUUCAUGAAAAAGGUUUCAUGGAAAGCCUUGACAAUGUAUGGAUCUUUUCCAAGGGAAUGAAGCAAUGCUCAGAUCGUUCAUCAACGCCAGCAACACUGGGUGUCAGUAAUAUGCUUGGAGUCUUCCUGUUGGUGGCUGGUGGUAUAUUUGCUGGAUUUUUUCUUCUGGCAAUCGAAAUCGCAUUCAAACGAAGAAAAGACAAACGAGAUAAAGAAGUGGAAGUCUCACGAACUGCUUUGGUGCAUUGGAGAAAGAAAAUUGAGAAAGAAAAUUCUUGUUUCCUUUUGCUUUUCUCCACGGUUCUUCCUUUUCUUUCAAUGAUAACCGAAACUCGACAAAGUCGUACACGUCUCCUUCAAUAUUAUGAACGGCGUACUCGUCGUCGACAUCAUACUCUCGAUAAUGCAACUUUAGAUAAAUUUAACUUUAUCUGUGUACCAUUACGUCUCGAUGAGAGACGUCUUGAACCAUCAUCAUCUCAAACCAAUUUACAUGUGACAUCAUCGAAAGACUUUACAGUUUGUAAACCAGUUGAGCUAUCCUCUCCUACACGCCGUGUUCGUUUUCAAUUCGAUAAAAAUGAUAAACACGAGCAAAACGAUGAUCGUUCAACGAAGAAAUACUCAACACAUCGUGUCGAAUUUCAAAUUCCUAUACAAAAAGAAGUCAAUCCUUGGUUAAAUGUCGAUUGUUCCUCCUCAUCAGCUAAGACACGUUCAAUAACAACACAAAAAAUCGACAUCAACCACAACGGUCCAAUCCACCCACCGAGCAUGACAUCAUACACUGAUCUGGUAAUAGUAUCUGCGAAUGUUGUUUUUACUUGA